AGCCGCUUCCGCCGCGGCGGGGCGGGCCUGGGCCGACAGCGGCGGCGCGGCGGGGGCUUUUCCUCAGCCUCGGCUCGGCUGUGGGGGCGGUCGCCUCCCUCAGGGAACGUCGGCGCCUGCGGGCGGACAGCGGUGCUCAGGGGUCGCCCCCUCGGUGCCAGCGACCGGAAGACUGCGAGGGAGGGGAGGGCACGGCACGGCGGGUCGGGCUCGGCCUGCUCCAUCGGUGCGCGAUGGAAGCGAGUCCCAUCGUGACGUCCAAGCAGCGAGAGGAGGUGGUACACGGGGUCCCGACGGAGGUGGUGUGCACGGCGUUCUCCAACUCCGUCCUCGUGGUAGUCACGCAGUACGGCAAGAUGGGGACGAUCGUCUACGUGGACCCCAACACAAUCGGCGACAACGUGGGCAGGCCCUCGCUCACCACAAAGGUGCUACUGGGCAAGGAUGAGCCUCUUGUCCAUGUUUGUGCCAAAAACCUGGUGGCGUUCGUGUCUCAGGAAGCUGGGAACAAACCUGUUGUUCUCGCCAUGGCCUUAAAGGACAAGACCAUGGAAGGAAUACAAGCUCUACGGGAAGUGAUCCGAAGUUGCCAAGUGUGGUGAAGUUGUGCCAUCUGGAUUCAAGGAAAUGAUCUUGAGUCCAUGACUCAUCACCACUUAUUUAAAAGGACAAGAAAUGAAAAUGAUGGAAUGUCUUUGUGCUGGUUUUGGAUGUACUGAGGAAUUUCAUGAAUUUUUCUCUACUGUGUAGAACAUUUGUGGGUUUUGUUACUGUGACAGGUUUGCAGUCCAUAUAGCCAGCGAUGAGAUGAGAACAAUUGUCUCAACAUGCGAGAGAAGUAUUAUUUUUAUCACAUUGGGUGGGAUGUGUAUUUGGGAAACGGUACAGCUCUGCGUUUGUGUCCUGAGGCGCGACAGAUGCCAAGCUCUGUAGCUACACUGUACCGCAAAGGGGGAACACCCAGUGCAGAGUGAAUAAAAGAAACAUUGACGAAUCUAA